GAGAGUCGCCAUUGCUGGCUGCUUGUACGCAGAGCAACACAUUCCUCUCCCGGAGCACCAAAACACAACCUUAGUCGUCACAUCGCGGCAGACGUCACCUUCACUCGGACCGAGCAGCCUCCGGGACGCCACAGGACUUGUAUGGUGGAUGUUGCCAAGGACUUUUCUGCGUUUUUCAUGAGGGACUGCCCGCUGCUCUUCUCCGCGGUAUGUGGACGUGGGAGCGACCAUGUUCCUCCUAGGCAGGUGAUAAGAGGCGAAGCCGGCUGCUCUAUCCCAGCUCCAGGAACACCCAGGAUAGAACCGGAAAGUGGGUCUCUCCACGAGCUGAAGGAGAAUCUGAAGAUGACCGUGCCUCCGUACCACUGACGAGCAGGACUGGAAUGAUAUCGUGACCUUCUUUUUUCCUGGAAGCAAGUCAGCGAUGAGCGGGGGGAUAUAAUGGCCAAGAACAAGGAUGCACGCCCCCCGACGUUUGCUGUCAGCGUGGUCGGCCUCUCCGGGACGGAGAAGGAGAAGGGAAACUGCGGCGUGGGGAAGUCCUGCCUGUGCAAUAGAUACAUACGUCCCGACGCGGACAACUACUUCUCUGAGCACACCUCAGUGCUGAGCACAAUCGACUUUGGGGGGCGCGUGGUGAACAAUGACCACUUCCUGUACUGGGGCGAGGUUCCCCACAGAGGAGACGAGGGACUGGAUUGUAAAAUCCAAGUCAUCGAGCAGACGGAGUUCAUCGAUGAUCAGACGUUUCUUCCACACCGGAGCACCAACCUGCAGCCGUACACCAAACGGGCGGCAGCCACCAAGCUUCAGUCUGCAGAGAAGCUCAUGUACAUCUGCACCGACCAGCUGGGCUUGGAGCAGGACUUUGACCAGAAGCAAAUGCCCGAUGGAAAGCUGAACAUCGACGGCUUUGUGCUCUGCAUAGACGUCAGCAAAGGCUGCAACAGAAAGUUUGACGACCAGAUGAAGUUUGUCAACAGCCUCUACUCCCAAAUUGUAAAGUCAAAGAAGCCCAUCGUGGUCGCUGCCACAAAAUGUGACGAGCUGGUGGAGCAGCAUCUGAGGGACCUUCAGACUUUUGUUGCCAGCAAGAAAAACGUACUUCUCGUUGAGACGUCAGCACGAGCUAACGUCAACGUGGAGCUCUGCUUCAACGCUCUCAUCCAGCAGCUGGACAAAACACGAGGCAAGCCAAAAACCGUGCCCUACUUGGACGCCUCCAAAGUCCAAAGGCAGCUAGUUGCUUCAGUAACGGAUAGAUUUGAGAAACUCAUGGUGCAGAUGGUGAGGGAUUACCAUACCACGUGGAAAGGAGUGGUCAGUAGCAUGAAGGGGAACCCGGACUACGAGGACUUCAUCACCUUGGAGGGAUCAAAAAAGGGCAGAAACAUGUUCACCAAGCACAUUGCACAGCUGAAACAGGAGCAGAUCAAGAGGAGGAGAGAGGAGUACCUCACCACGCUCCCCAAAACACUAAACAACCUCCUGAGUCGCUUAGAAGAGGUUGAGCACCUUACGUGGUCCGAGGCGCAGAGUGUGAUCCGGAACCGCUCCGACUUCCAGUGCUGGUUCGUGGUACUGGAGCAAACGCCGUGGGACGAGACGGACCACAUCGACAACAGCGAUCGGCGAAUACCCUUUGACCUUCUGAACACGCCUGACGGUGAGAGGAUCUACCACAACCAUGUCCAGCACCUGCUCUCCGAGAAGCGGAGGGUGGAGAUGAAGGAGCGGUUCAAGAAGACGUUGGAGCGGGUCCAUUUUAUCAGCGCGGGGCAGCCCUGGGAGGAGGUCAUGUGCUUCGUCAUGGAGGACGAAGCCUACAAGUACAUCACAGAAUCAGAUAGGCGGGAUGUUUACUGCCGACACCAGCAGGAAAUAGUUGAAAGGGCCAAAGAGGACUUUCAGGAAAUGCUGUUUGAACACGCCGAGCUGUUCUACGACUUGGAUCUCAACGCCACGCCGAGCUUUGACAAGAUGAGCGAAAUUCACGGCGUGUUAAACGAGGAGCCCAGGUACAGAGCCUUGCAGAAACUUGCCCCGGAUAGGGAGUCGCUCCUCCUCAAACACAUCGGCUUUGUCUACCACCCCACGAAGGAGACGUGCCUGAGCGGGCAGAACUGCGUGGACCUGAAAGUGGAGCAGGUUUUGGCCAACCGGCUGGUACAGCUCGACCACGGCCGCUCCAGUCUCUACUACAACGGCGCCAACAUCGAUAAGAUCAACCUCUGCCUCCUGGGAAGGGAAGGUCUCUCACAGGAACUGGCCAAUGAGAUUCGAGCUCAGUCCACAGACGACGAGUACACCCUGGAUGGCAAGAUUUACGAACUGGAGCUUCUCCCUGUGGACGUCAACUCCACGCUGCUCUUCAGUCAUACGUGGGUCUCCACUUUCAAGCCGCACGGCUGCUUCUGUGUGUUCAAUUCCAUCGAGUCCCUCAACUGUAUCGGGGACUGCAUCGGCAGGAUCAGAGCCGAGAUUGCCCAGAGUCGGAGAGAGAGGUUCGCUCCGCCUCUACCUUUCAUCCUCAUCCUGGCCAACCAGAGGGACAGCGUUUGUAAAAACAUACCCAUCCUGCGGCACCAAGGCCAGCAGCUGGCAAACAAACUUCAGUGCACCUUCGUAGACAUCCCCUCCGGCGCCUUUCCGAGGAAGUUUACAGAGUUCCAAAUCAAGCAGGGCCUCCGAGCAGUGCUGGAGGGGCUCAAGCAGAACUUUGAUGUCCUGGCCCCGCUGCCCUCAAUCAAAGACAUGUCGGAGGCCGACCUGCGGAUAGUCAUGUGCGCCAUGUGUUGGGACCCCUUCAGCGUCGACCUCAUUCUCUCGCCUUUUCUGGAGUCGCACUGCUGCAGCGCCGGGCAGCCCGGCCAGAGCAACACGCUGGUGCUGGACAAGAUCAUCGGGGACAGCAGGAGGCGCAUUCAAGUCACCGUCCUCUCUUAUCACUCUGCCAUCGGCGUGCGCAAAGACGAGCUGGUGCACGGCUACAUCCUGGUCUAUUCGGCCAAGCGCAAGGCCUCAAUGGCGACCCUUCGUGCGUUCUUGGCAGAGGUCCAGGAUGUGAUCCCGGUCCAAAUGGUGGCCAUCACAGACAGCCAGGCAGACUUCUUUGAAAACGACGCCAUCAAGGAGCUGAUGACGGAAGGGGAGCACAUUGCCACGGAGAUUGCCGCCAAAUUCACAGCGCUUUACUCGCUAUCGCAGUACCACAGACAGACUGAAGUAUUCACGCCCUUCUUCAACGAAGUGCUCGACAAAAAGCCAAACAUCGAGAGCUCCUUUUUAUUUGACAGCUCGUCGAGGGAGUGCACCACCGGUGCCAGUGAAGAGGUCUUCCAGACGUCCCCACAUAGCCACUCUCCGGCCUACAACACCUAUUACCCCGAAUCCGAUGAUGAAAACGAAGCCCCCCCACCUUAUAGUCCAAUAGGCGAUGAUGUUCAGCUUCUUCCCACACCCAGUGAACGGGCCAAGUACCGCAUCGACCUGGAGGGGAACGAGUAUCCCGUCCGCAGCACACCGGUCGGCGACCACGAACGCAACCACAAAGUGCCUCCACCUGUCCGACCCAAGCCCGCUCUUCCCAAGCCCAAUGUGAAAAAGUUGGACCCAAACUUGCUGAAAACUAUCGAAGCUGGAAUGCGAAGCAACCGCAGGACUCCGCGGGGGCCCAUGAUGCACGCCAACGACAUGGAGCCUUCAGACAACUAUGCAGACCCCGUGGACACCCUGCUGAGGACCCGGGGCUUCAACAGCGACGACAUUUACGCCGAGCCCGACGACACGCACGGCCGCCUCGUCAAAAUCCGAAACUCGUUCGGCCUCCACGGCGCAGGCGAGGAGGAGAACGGAUACGACCGCAAGUCUCAGGCUGCGCGCCGGCCUUCCAAAUACAAACACCGCUCCAAAAUCCUGUUCAGCAAGACGAAAGCCUACCAAAGACGCUUCCACUCGGACAGCGACGGAGAGGAGACGGGCCCCGCCACGCAAAAGAAGAAGAAGGGGAGGGCCCAUCGGGGCAGCGAGGAGGACCCCUUGUUGUCUCCCGCCGACCCCUGGAAGGGCGGCAUAGAUAACCCUGCCAUCAUGUCUGACCCCGAGCAGGAAGACAAGAAAAUGAAGAAGAAGAAGACGACCAAGACGCCAAAGGAACCGAAGAAGGCCAAGUCUUCUUCCAAGCCCCCCAAGCCACUGUACCCCCCCACGAGAAGAACCUGGGAGAGCAACUACUUUGGCGUUCCCCUGCAGAACCUGGUGACACCGGAGCGAGCCAUCCCACUCUUCAUUGAGAAGUGUGUGGACUACAUCGAGCGUACAGGUCUGACCACAGAAGGCUUGUACCGCGUCAGCGGCAACAAGACGGACCAGGACAACAUCCAGAAGCAGUUUGACCAAGAUCACACCAUCGACUUUGUCGUGAUGGACGUGGCCGUCAACGCAGCCGCCGGAGCCCUCAAAGCUUUCUUCGCCGACCUGCCCGACCCGCUGAUCCCCUACAGUCUGCACCCAGAGCUGGUGGAGGCCGCAAAAAUCGUGGACUACAUCGAGCGCCUGCAGGUCCUGAGGGAGAUUGUGAAGAAGUUGCCCUCGGUCAACUACCAUGUCUUCAAAUACAUCAUCACGCACCUCAACAGGGUGAGUCAGCACAGCAAGACCACGCUGAUGACGGCAGACAACUUGUCCAUCUGCUUCUGGCCGACGCUGAUGAGACCCGACUUUGAGAACAAGGACACCUUGUCCACCACCAAGCUCAACCAGGCCGUCAUCGAGUCGUUCAUCGUGCAGAGUGACUACUUCUUCCACGGCGGCGAGGUGGCCGACAGCUCCAGCAGCGGCGGCACGCCCCCCCCGCGCUGCCACAACAUGGUGGAGGCGCUGCUGCCCCUUCAGCUGCCGCCCCCCCUGCAGCCCCAGCAGAUCCAGCACGCCCUGCCCCCCGAGCCCCUCAUCUGAGAGGCAUGCCGGCGGAGCGUGGUUUUUUUUUUUUGUCGGCGGUGUCCGCAGGCGGGCUGUAAGGACACGUCAGACCCCGCCCGCGGCGCCCUCUGCCCCCGGACCGCAGAACUCCCAACAUGAAGCCACUUUGGAACCUUUUCUUUCUAGCAGCGUGAUUUAGCACAUAGCGGUGACGUGACAUCGUUAGCGGGGUCCGAUUCCGCGCCCCCCCCCCACCCCCACCCCAUGACACAGCACACGGCGUCAAGCUGACUCCGCCCUCUUUGCCACUUGCCCCCCCAACUGCGGUUUGUGAGCUGAAAUGACUUCCGUCUUCCUGCAGGUCUUCACAUUUCAGCAACGCUUAACCUUUGACCUCAGCUGAAGACUCCAUCAAUUGUAGAUAAUUUCAAUUUGGGGGGGGGGGGCAGCCCCCUUCCUCAAAGAAGAGCACAGUGUCAAAGGUCACACGUGACCCUUUCAUUUGUGUUUUUAUUAUUUAGACUUUUCUUUUUGAUAUAUUUCUAUGUCGUCUAAUUUCUUACCCUGUGUGUGUGUGUGUGUGUGUGUGUGUGUGCGUGUGCGCGUGUGUGUGUGUGUGUCUAUUCAAACCUUCUCCACAGAGAGAAGGUCGGAUUUAGGAGGGAAAAAAAAAAGAAACGAUUUCAGCCCGUUUGCGUUCUCGCCUCCCGAUGCGUUUAUUUUGAAGGGACACGCCCCCCUGCCGAGGCACAUGAGCGAUGUAACCACUAGGUGGCGACUCGUUUGGGACGUCUGCAUGUUUUCAGUGAAAAAACACAAAAGACACAAAAAACCGCUAGAAGGCGCAUUUAUUCCGUUGCAUCUCUCGUUCGGAAUGUUUUUUUUCAGUUUAAGGGGAACUUUUUUAUUUUGAACUUGAUAUCAUAUUUUCGGUUAAAUGUUUUUUUUUUUUCCUAAAUAGAGGAAAAAGAAGUUUAUAUAAGAAUCUAAAUAUAUAAGAAUUUAUCAGCAGGAAUGUUGCUGAUGGACUCAAAUGUAACCGGGUACUGGUAGAAGCUAUGUGGGCGUGUGUGUGUGUGUGUGUGUGUGUGUGUGUGUGUGUGUGUGUGUGUGUGUGUGUGUGUGUGUGUGUGUGUGUGUGUGCGUGUGUGCGUGUGUGU